UCUGUCUCUCUUUCUCUCUCUCGCUCUCCGUCUCUCUCUCUCUCUCUCGCCAUAUUGCUCUCCGCCGAACUCGUUCAUCGAAUCCAUCUGCCAAAAACCUAGAUCAGAGAGAGAGAGAGAUGGCGGGGUAUCGGGCGGAGGACGACUACGACUACUUGUUCAAGCUGGUGCUGAUCGGGGACUCUGGGGUAGGCAAGUCCAACCUCCUCUCCCGGUUCACCCGCAACGAGUUCAACCUCGAGUCCAAGUCCACCAUCGGCGUGGAAUUCGCUACCCGCAGCAUCACCGUCGACGCCAAGGUGCUCAAGGCCCAGAUCUGGGACACUGCCGGCCAAGAGAGGUAUCGUGCCAUAACUAGUGCUUACUAUCGGGGAGCAGUUGGUGCAUUGCUCGUGUAUGAUGUUACGAGACAUGCUACAUUUGAGAAUGCUGCACGUUGGUUGAAGGAGUUGAGGAACCACACAGAUCCUAACAUUGUUGUCAUGCUCAUUGGGAAUAAAUCAGACCUCCGACACCUUGUUGCUGUUCCUACUGAAGAUUGCAAAGCUUUUGCUGAGAAGGAAUCUUUAUAUUUUAUGGAAACAUCUGCACUAGAAGCAACGAAUGUGGACAAUGCAUUUCAAGAGGUCCUGACUCAUAUUUAUCGCAUUGUCAGCAAGAAGGCAGUUGAAGCAGCUGAUGAUGCGGUGUCUACCGUACCUAGUAAAGGUGAAAGAAUAAACGUGAAGGAUGAUGCUUCUACGCUGAAGAAACUUGGCUGCUGUUCAAGUUAGGUAACAUUGAUGUUGCUCAAUGCUUGCUUUCUCUUUGUGAUGCAUGUCCUAUUUUUUAUAUUAUUUGAGUUGUCUUCUUUUCUUUUGAAAUUGACAAUUCAUUUGAACAUGAAUAGACUGAGAUUUUGUUAUCUUAAUGUUUGUACCUGAAAAUCUUCGUACUUAAAUAUUCCGAUUGCUGAGUCCGGGAUUUGCUGUGGUGAAAAUUAGAAUUCACCAAACGUGCAAACAUGUGUUUUAUCGUAGGGAUGGGAUUUAUAUGUAACUACUAUUUUUGAUAGUGGAAUUCCUCUUUUUCGGUCUUGCACCGAAUUCCUGGUUUA